CAUUCUGGCCAGAUAAAAGCAGCAAUGUGGAAAUAGAGCUGGGCCACAAACUCUAGGAGGGCAGUGAAUCCUACACGGCAGUAUUGCUACCAUUAAAAAUUUGCUAACGCAUCUCCUUGAUAAUAGUUUCCCUUCUUUGCCAACUCCUUCCAGGCAGGAUUUGGACCAUUCUGAUUCUUCUAUAUCUUUCCCCACUGAGAGCAGCUGUAGAAAUGAGUCUGUGGAGGCUACGGCUCCACCCCUACCAUUUACUCACUUUCCCCACUUUCAUUUUGCGUAAGCUUCACUAUGCUUAGAGCAAACACCCUCCACAUUGUUCUUUGUGUCUGUUUGGCGGCCCCGGGUGCCAGGCACUGUACAAACACAAACCAAAAAUGCAGCCCUUGCCUCAAAGAGCAUGUGGUCCUCAAAGAUCCCUAGAGCAUCGCUGGUCAAAAUGUCACUUACUUCAGAUUGCUUCAGGUUUUGCUGCUUUUAACUGGUCUUUUUGUCCUUGUAGCACUGUAUCCCUCUUUGCCAGUUGGAAUCCUUCUUUUUCCCUCUCCUGGAUUCCUUUUUCUCUACUUUUUCCUUAAGAUGCUACCAACUUCGCUUGCCUUGUGUGUUUUCCUUUUGACCCCUACCAGUGCUUUUUGGGAUUGACAUCCCCAGCAGAUUGAAAAGUGGGAGAAAAGGGGUGAACCAAGGUCACGGAUCGGUUUGGCAGACCUGCCCUUUCUUGGUCUCGGUCUUCUUUCUCUGCUUUGCUUUCCGGAGGACAAGUGCAAAGUGGUCCGGGUGCACUGUGAGAUUUAGAAAAGAACACCGGUUUGAGAAUAAAUAUACCCAACCGUAGAGGGUUUGCUCUGUGUUCACGUCCUCGUGGUGGAAGAGCAGAUCAUCACGGGGCUGCCCGAGUCCUUGAGGUGUUUCUCCUGUUUUUAGCGAGGAACUGCAGACAUGGAGACUCUGGUUUAGAAUGAAUGUUAUGGCGUGAAACUCGGUUUAUCUAUCUGCUGUGGUUUAGGCCCCACUGGUCUAUGCUUAGACAUGAAGAUGCAGUUAGUGUGUGUCUGCUUUCCACUUGUGUGCCUGCGUGUUGAAAUUAUUAAUUGAUUAUUUCUUUUUAAAGAAUAGACCUCAGAAACAACCCUUCUCUGUAAUUUUAUUUACUGAAGCGGAUGUGACUUACUCUCUAGACCUGAUGUGCUUAGAGAGGUAGGAAAUUUGUGUUUCACUUCCCCGAUGACACGAAGGACAAGGUCGCAUUUGCUGUGGGAGUGGCACAAGCUCCACAAGUUGGUAGAAGGAAUUUGUCACCUAUCAGACGUCAUUAAAAUUGAGACAAACUGGAGAUAUUUUGCUGCCAAGGGUGACAGCUCUCUCCUUUGUCCUCUGGGCUUAGGGUGAAGGGCCCCAUUUCCGAGCACGGAGGAGCUCGCCGUUUGUGUCUGGAGGUCAGUGUACACCUGGGGCUCGGAGCCUCCCACGUCUGCCAUGGUUUUCUGCCUGUUCCUUUCUCAGUUGCACCGUUGACCCUUAUGCUUCCCUGACUGUUCCUACAUUAGGUUCUACAUCUCCGAUUUUCCGCAGCUGCCACUCCAUAGCAAGGCUUGCUUCUGUAAAUUGCCUCCUGUAGUCCCUGUGCUGGUGGACACCAGGCAUCAGGAGAAUCUGCAGAACAUACUCCCAGAAAGGAAUACAAGAUGAUCUUGUAAAGUUAGAACAAACACAGUUGACACCAGGGAAGAGGUGAGGUUUGUAUCUCUCCAUGAGGUUUUCAGUUCACUGUUUAGAUCCCAUGGUCUGCUCUACUCUCGACUCCUUUGUGUUUAUCUGCACACAUUCCUUGCACCUGUCUUCUGUUUUGCAACUGUGCUUGAAUUUCUUCUAUAACUAUGUGAGCCACCCCUCGUCCCUUCUGUACAGGAUAGCCCCAGAGUGGUUAGAGGGGAAAAAUUACAGUGAAAAGGCACUAAUUGUCUCUUUCAGGUGUUCUGAAAUACUACGAGAAACAUUUGGCAUCCUACUAAGCCUGCAAAGAUAAUCAGGAGCACAGUUGUACCCACUUAUCUUUGGGAGAGCAAAGUCUGCACCGCGGAUUACGCGGAGCGGGACAGGCGCCCUGCACCUGCAGUUCUGCAAACAAAGGCCGUGCACACGGGGCAGCUUUCAGCCUGGCUUGCGGGACGUGAAAGUCUCAAAAGUAAAUCCAUUUAAACACAAGUAGGUAGCCCUAGGUUUUCCUUUGGGGAAGCUGCAGCCUGUGUUCUAGGAGACGGGAGGUGGCUGAGGGUCCGUGGUGGGCUGGGAUGCUGCUCAGCACUUGCAGCUUCUUAAGAACAAUGUCAAGCAAUCACAAGACCGAGCACCAUAAGAAACGAGCCUGUUUUAUUCUGGCAGUACCCUCUUGUAGACCUUGUAUUCUUCAUAGGCAAUUCCCUUCAGAUUUUCCAUGGUUUUAGGUGCGUGCAUUACCAGGUCUGGCCCAGGCACUGUGGUGAAGAGGCACUAAAUUAAAGUGACCUUUUGGUGCAAGCUCAUGUGAUAAUGAACUCAAAUCCACUUUCUACCCCAAAUGGUCAGUGAUUACUUUGAAGCUGCUACUCCUGCUGUUUGUUCACUUUUAAAAGGAGAAAAAAUAAAGAAGAAAACCUGAGAGACCAGACUGGAUUUGGAAGAAAUGCUGCGGGACAGGUGGCCAGUUUUGUGCUGGCAUUAAUCAGCAUAGCAGUCCUGCUGUCAGUGGGGUCUAAACUCUCUCACACAAGCAGGCAAUGUAUUCUCUUCUUUUCCAGUAGUUUUCAUGUUGUGUCCAGAAGCAGCGUAAAUCUUUCCUAAAGAGUUAAGAGCAAGUCCAUCAGUCGUGCAAAUUGGAUGAGUUUUUCCCUUUUCUCUCUGCCUCUUGCAGCCUCUUCUCACGCGUUUUCUGUGCCGCGUGGUGUACAAGACUAUACCUUUCUCAGUUCUUGUCUUGUCAGACAUCCAUGUCCUGUCCCACCCCCCAGCAACAGUUGCUUUACAUUUCCUGUCAGAGGACUUGUUUGUGAAUUAACAGGCAGAUCUUAACCUUGGGGAGUCACCCUUUUGUCCCCGUUUGCCCCACCGAGCCCGUUCUCCCCACCCUUUGCAGUGCCAUCCUGUCCCGUCUCCCCGUGUUUGCAGUACAGUUAAUAUUUGCUGUCUCUACCUCCAGGUCAGCUCUUCCUAUCUGUCCCGCAAAGGGAGGUGGCUGGCUGUGUACAUGGAAGCAUCCUGCUGAUUUUUGUUUGUUUGCUUGCCUUUUUUUAAUUCAUCCCAUAAGCAGUUUCCAGCAAAGAGGGCCAUUCGGUAAAGCAGUGCAGGUACCUUGCAGGUGUGUAAUCCUAAUUCUUGGCGCUUCCCAAGCUCAAUGAAUCUUGUUUAUUGUCCCCUCACGUCGGGGUGGCAGGUGGAUGUACCGCUUCCUUCUAACAGGGCUGGUGAGGUGCAUCUGCGCACCCCGAGCCCUGGAACCUGCAGGGAGUUCAUUUGCAGGAGCCCUUGCCCUUCAUUUCCAAGUGACAUGAGUAAUGAAUGAAACCUAGAAAGACCGGUGCUUUUGAGGGGAGUUCAGAGAUACACAUAGGAGUAGCAGAGCCCUUAAGGUUUGUAGCUGUGUGGGUUUUGCAUGGCUGAUUUCUCAUAGCUGUAUUCUUUAGACUGGUCUCUCCUUACUCCCCUCGCGCCUCCCCCAACACACUCUGUCCAGCAACUUUCCAUUACAGGAAACAUCUGCUGGGAGGCAGGGCUGAGCCCGGGUUACUGCAGGGCAUUGGCCGGCAGAAUUACCCAGCUCGGUAACUUAAAGCUUGUGCGAGUCAUUUUGGUAUCUUCCCCGCCUGCUCCUUCCAUGAGGAACAUUAACAGAGACCGAAGCUGCCUUUCAGAGCAGAGAGGGACUAGAGAGGAGAGCCUGGGGCAGGCACUGAAGAAAUAACUGCUUUUCUGGUUUCUAAGGGGAAAAAAAAAAAGCAGCUGGAGUCUGAGCUGUUUACCAUCCUGUUCAGUCCUGGGAACCGCGGCUAGAUCUGUGAAUUCAGCUGAUCCGGUGGGGUCCUGGCGGUCGGAGCUGUUUGAGUUGCUGGCUCUGGCCGUGCUGGGCAUCGGCCUCGGUCAGGAGUUGCACAUACUGUGCACAGACCUGUCUGGGGCUGCCCGGGCUGUGGGCACUUCUGCCGUGCUGCUUCAAGGGCUGGUGCCCGCAGUAAGAAGCUGGUGAGACUGGAACCGAAGAGCACGAAGGUUGCCCGCCAGCACGCUGCCCCUAAUGAGCCACUUUUUCAAAGUCCUUUGGAUGACAAAUCCUCUCUCAGAUCUACAGAGUCCACUGGGGCAGAUGAACUGAGUGUGAACAGGAAAGUAGGGAAAGGCAUGUAAACUUCUGCCAAGCUGCUGUGUCUCUUUCGGCUUUGAAUCUAAACAAGAAGCGGUGACAGCAGGAACAGGAAAAGCAGAGUUUGAUCGAGAUCAGGGGGAGCUGUGCAAGUGCUGGGGGAACGCUAUGGAUUCCUUGCUGGAGUGCGGGGCUCUCUGGGGUCUGGUGCUGGAUCAAGAACUGCCAUGUCUGCUGUGGGACCUGGAGGGGCUUCUCGACUUACCGCAAGGAAAUGUCAGCUGUGGAUCAGAUGAAAUUCCAGCUGUGUUGAGUCCAACAUACAAACAACGGAAUGAAGAUUUCAGGAAACUCUUCAAGCAGCUUCCUGACACGGAGCGCCUCAUCGUAGAUUACUCAUGUGCGCUACAAAGAGACAUUCUCCUGCAGGGCCGCCUCUACCUCUCUGAAAACUGGAUCUGCUUUUACAGCAACAUCUUCCGUUGGGAGACACUGCUGACAGUUCGCUUGAAGGAUAUCUGCUCGAUGACCAAGGAAAAAACAGCACGGCUCAUUCCUAAUGCCAUCCAAGUUUGCACUGACACUGAAAAGCACUUUUUUACUUCCUUUGGGGCUCGAGACAGGACGUACAUGAUGAUGUUCAGACUCUGGCAGAAUGCUCUCCUGGACAAGCCUCUGUGUCCAAAGGAGCUCUGGCACUUUGUCCACCAGUGUUACGGGAACGAGCUGGGUCUGACUAGCGAUGAUGAAGACUACGUGCCUCCCGAUGAUGACUUCAACACUAUGGGCUACUGUGAAGAAAUCCCCGUGGAAGAGAACGAAGUCAAUGACAGCUCCUCAAAAAGCAGCAUGGAGGCCAAGCCGGAAGCUAGCCCUCAGCUGCCAAAGAAAUCUGUCACUGCCAGCACCCUGACGUCCACGGGAAGCAGUGAAGCGCCGGCCUCGUUUGAUGGAGUUCUGCCAGAAGAGGAGGAAGCAGUGGCGGAGAGUCCUGUGGAAAAAGACCUUGGCAUUGCAAAUAUAAUGGGAGAGAAGAUUGAGAUCAUUGGCCCCGUGAACUCCCCUUCCCUAGACUUCAAUGACAACGAAGACAUCCCCACUGAGCUCAGUGACUCGUCAGAGACCCAUGAUGAAGGGGAAGUCCAAGCGUUUUACGAGGAUCUGAACGGCCGUCAGUACGUGAACGAAGUGUUCAACUUCAGCGUGGACAAGCUGUACGACUUGCUUUUCACGGACUCCCAGUUCCAGAGGGACUUCAUGGAGCAGCGCCGGUUCUCUGAUAUUAUUUUUCAUCCCUGGAAGAAGGAAGAAAAUGGCAAUCAGACCAGAGUGAUCUUGUAUACCAUUACCCUCACUAACCCUCUGGCCCCCAAAACUGCCACCGUCACUGAGACGCAGACAAUGUACAAAGCCAGCCAAGAAAGCGAGUGCUAUGUCAUAGAUGCAGAGGUGCUAACUCACGACGUCCCCUACCAUGAUUAUUUCUACACCAUUAACCGCUACACGUUGACUCGUGUUGCCAGAAACAAAAGCCGACUCAGGGUUUCCACAGAGUUACGUUACAGGAAGCAGCCUUGGGGGCUGGUGAAAUCCUUCAUCGAGAAGAAUUUUUGGAGCGGCCUAGAAGAUUAUUUCCGUCAUUUGGAGAGUGAACUGACCAAAACCGAGAGUACGUACCUGGCUGAGGUCCACAGACAAUCUCCCAAAGAGAAAGUGAGCAAGCAAUCGACCGUGCGCCGGAGGAAACGGGCCCAUGCCCAUCUGCGGGUGCCACACUUGGAGGAGGUGCUGAGUCCCGUCACCACCCCCACGGAUGAGGAGGUUGCGCAUCGAAUCAAGCACGUGGCGGGUUCCACCCAGACACGGCACGUCCCUGAGGAGAGCCCCGGCGGCUUCCACCUGCAGAGCGUCUCCAAGCUGCUCCUUGUCAUCAGUUUUGUUCUGGUGCUGCUGGUCAUUCUCAAUAUGAUGCUGUUCUACAAACUCUGGAUGUUGGAAUACACGACGCAGACGCUCACGGCGUGGCAGGGCUUGCGGCUACAGGAGAGGUUACCCCAGUCUCAGACAGAAUGGGCCCAGUUACUAGAAUCUCAGCAGAAGUAUCAUGACUCUGAGCUACAAAAAUGGCGUGAGAUCAUCAAAUCCUCGGUGAUGCUUCUAGACCAGAUGAAGGAUUCACUAAUAAAUCUUCAGAAUGGCAUCGGGUCCCGGGACUUCGGGUCAGAUCCAGAGGAGAAACGGAAACGUUUCCACUAACAGGCAGGAAUGCAGGAGGCCAGAGGACGGUGUGCAAUAUGUGUAAAUAGGAUAUAUAAAUAUAUAUAUACAGAAUAUAUAUAUAUAUAUACAGAAUCUAAAUAUAUAUAUUAUAUACAGAUUUUAAGAGGAAAAAAAAAGCCUACGUAUUGAGAGGAAGGAGUGACCUCCAACACUGGCUGGAAUGGAGCGUCCCGGUGGCAGCGUGGUGUGUGCGUGUGUGGGGGGGCUGUGCUCUCCCAGCGCUGAGGUGCGCUCAGGGGCUGAGUGUGCUCCCCUGGGCCCGUGCACCACUCUUCUGUAAUAUUCCUGGCUGUUUGUCUGUCUGUCUGUCUGUUUAGUUUUUGUUGUUUCAAAGGGAAGCAUCACAGUGAGUGCCCACCCCCCCCCGCGCAUGAAGGUCAUUGAUUGACUCUAUUUAUCUACACAUUAAAAGGGGACACUGUCAACUUGCUUACCUUGCUGGCUUCAGGGCUGAGAGGUUUUGGCGAUCGCCGUCAAUCCCGUACAGAACUAUCCCGCAUCUGGAGAGGAGGCCUCCGGAAGGAUUGCCGUAGGUCUGCAGAGAGCAGCUCUCACUGGCACUCACCUCCUGGACUUCUUGGAGCAGAAAUACCAUUUGCUGCCGUGCCGGCCAGCCUGGGCACAGAGAGCACAGCACAGAACGUGAACGAGCUGAAAUGCUUUCUCCAAACGCUACUUCGCCACCUCCUGUUAUUGAUACUGCAUUAAUAGCCAAGGAGAUGGUGGGGAGGGGAGUAUCUGCCUACAAGGUGCAUGGAUGGAGGAGAGCGACGCUGCAGGAAGCGCAUUUCCAUCCUUUGACAGUGUCCCCUUUACAUUUUCUGUACUCCUCUGCUUCUGUGUGCUUGGGCCCCUGCCAUUAAGCCAUCCUUGUGCUGACGAUCUGCAUCGGUGCUGGAAAGGGCUACUACCUGCACUACAUCCCACUAGAGAGGGAGUACUCCAAUUAAAAGGAAACCAAAAUUAGUAUUGAUUAGCAACUGCUCCCACUACUGUGCUCAAAACAUUUCCCUCCUGCCCCUGGUCUGUGAGACCAUUUUGCUCGUACCACCGAGCCCUUACCUGUCUUAAUCUGUGGGAAAACAUUAGGGAGAAAGAAACAGAUUCCUUCCCUGGGCUAACAUGACUGCAUCUAUAUAGCAACAAGGCCUCCAGAAACCCAAGAGAGGUUAAGAAGGGCCAUGGGGACCAAAAGAGAAAAGAAGAAAGGGCCUGUCAGUGGGUGGUAGGCUACACCUGGAGGGGUGGCCACCGUGUGAGGCCUCUGCCUGCUAUCCUCAUAGGUUUGAUAGUGAAAUAAUUGCUUGGUAAGCAAGGCAAGUGGUAGAGCUGCAUUAAAAAUAAAAUACGCAUUUUUACUUGUUCUGGGGAUAAUUCCAGACUCCCAAUAACAGCCAAGUGACAGAGAGGCUGCACUGUGCAGUGUACCAAACACCACUGCGACUGCCUGGGACGCAGGGUGCUCAUUUCAAAGUUUAAUAAAUGCUUUUUCAUCUUACCCAGCCAGGCAGAUGAGGUGAUGGGAGGCCUUCAAUCUCCACCUUGUUCAACUCCACCUUUUCCACCUUCUGAACGGCAGGAGGGAGCCAGCUGCACGUCCCCUUGCGCACACGGUGCAGUUGCAGCUCGUCCGUUGUCUCUAACUCCAUUAGGCACUGAAAUAGCAGGGGACAGGAGGGUGAGUAACUGGUCUUAGUAUCUCCAUACCAGAGACUCUCCUCCGCACAGCUGGGUGACAAAGCGGAGUCUAAGGAAAAACCCUCCCAAGCUCCCGCUUGUGCGUUCCAAUUAGGAAAAAGUGACAUACAUAGAAGUAACCCGCUGAUUUGUCCCAACCUGCCUGCAAAUUUUUGUGACCAAGUGCUAAAUGCAACAUGUCUCGCGUGUGAAGGAGUGUGGAUGAAGGCAGGUUAUCAAAAAGACAUUUAAGAAUGUGAAAGCAAGGUCAAAUUGGGAAAAAACAUGCCUUGGCAACUACGGAGUGUGAGUAUUUAUGAUUAUUUAUUUAAUUUAAUGCUGCUGACUACUGUACUGCUCCCUGACUUGUUUCCAGGGAGGCUGCUGAAAUAGCUACUGUACAAUGACACUGAGGUGCUCGUGCCUGGGAAGGGCAAUUCUGCGGCUCCUCUUGGGACAGGAGGGCCCCAUAUCUAUACGUAUAUAUACCCCUCUCUAUAUAUAGAUAUACAUCUAUUCCCCCACUGGGACUUGUCCCACUGGCCAAGAGUCUUAUUUCCCCAUCAGCCACUUGCACAGUUACUAAGCACAUCCAAAUCUCCUGCUGCCCAUCUUCCCCUUUCCUAGAAUUUAAAUCGAAGCACCAAGAAAGAUGACAGAGGGGAAUCCCUGUGCUUGCCACCUUGUCAGUGCUAGAAAACAAAAAGGCUACAUCUGGAGAGGGAAACCUGCAAUGUGGGGUCUCAGCCUCCUUGCCAGGAGGAUUUUGUACAUAGAAAAAUGCAACCCAUCGAAAUGCAGAGAAACCUAGCUGUCCAAGAGGGUCAAAAAGAAAUGGUGGUGUUACCAAUUUCACAUUCUCUUGCUAGUUACGGAGACAAGAAAUCCAAUAGCUCAUCCGUGCAUCGGUCUUUUCUGUGCAGCGUUCCUCCCGAUCGCCGUCGCGUUAGAUUUGAGAUGCUCCCACUGACGCGGCUUCCUUGGGCUUGGCCCUAGAGACAGAAUUGCGCAAGCUUAGUUAAAUUAAUGUGAAGCAACGCAGAGGCAGCUAGAACAAUCACAAACACUAAUAUUCGUUCUGCCUACACAUUACUUUAAAUUGGGUUUAACGUGUUUGACGUACAUACUGACACACAGCUACGUUAAAUCUCUCAAUAAAGAGCCUAAGGUCACCAUACAGAACCUUGUACAUGCAGUGCCCUUCAGACAGCGGAACGUUUCUCCUUGAGGCCUGAGGUUUCUUUUCUCAGAUUCCUAGUUAUUUACUUUCUUUGGAUAGGAUUCACAGUCUUUCAUCGCCUCCUAAUAUAUCACAGCAUUAAUAAAAGUGAAAAAGGCAAGGCCUUAAGGCAAAACCCCCAAUGGCACUAAUGGUGAGGGCUGAAACAAAACCUUGGUCUGUGCAAACUAAUGCCAACAGCUGUAGCCUAAUUCUUGCCAAAUAAGAUGCUUCCGCUUGGGAGAAGGGACAGAAGGCUCUGAUUUACCAGUCUGUGUGUCUCACCUGUUCACAGGGGAGAACAACAUCCUCAUUAAUCCCAGCUUGAUACCAACUGGCUUCUGACAAAUACGUUGUCUGCUAAUGCUUACCCUAAAAGAGGCAUUUGGGCUGUGGCAUCUGGGCUGAGCUCAAAGGGAGUCUGAGACCUGGAUAACUGCUGUGCAAUCAUGCGUUCAUAAAGUAGAUACCAAGCGUAUCUAGAGCAGCACCUGCGUGUAAAGUCUGCAAAGGACCAAGAAGACACAGGUUAUUUCAUUCCACUUAACAAAGGUACCUGCAAUGGUAAGAAUAGGAGCUCAGCUAUGAAUUAAGCAGACAGCUGUGCUUUCUGGGUGCUCAACAAUUAAGUGAUAAUCCAAGGCACGCUUCAGUCAGAAAACUCUGAUAUUAAUUGAUAUUAAGUGCUACUAACUUCUGCAUAAAUCCAUUCUGUCUCUCUGAAGUCCUUUGGGAGAAGAGGAAAAAUUCACACCACUUUGAUCUCUCCUAAUGCAUCUCAAUUAUGCAGCCGACAUAGACCAUCCCUGUCCCUUUCCUGGUAGCUUUGCCAUCUCAGACAUGUAUUUCCAUCAUCUUUCGGUGAUCCUACAGCCCAUAACUAGAGGAGACAGACAGAGAGGGCAGCCUGCACCUUUCACACCACCCAGCGCUAGGACAGUGCUGGAGAUCAACCCUAAAAAGUCCAGCACCGCUAAUGCGGAAUCAGCUGCACAACAGGGAUUAGUGGAGCAGCAGUUCAGUCCUGGCCAGUGAGGUCUUUCUGUGCUUCCAGGAGGGAGAAAACAUUUGGGACUCCUCUUCCCCUCGGGUUCAUUUACACCACUUCCCAGUUCAGCGGUGGGGCAGUACGCAGAAAAGCAGAGUCAGUAACAAACGCUUCAACUCAACAGUGCCCGGCUCAGGGGAGGCAAUUCUGUCACGUUUGUCAAGGCGGCUGCCACCGUCCCCCCUCCCGACAGACCCGCUUUCUGCACCACCUGCCAAACUCCAGAGAGACGUGUCUGCCUGGAUCUCUCCAGGUUUGCUGCCGCGGGGACGUUCCACGGCGCAGUCACACGGAGCCCGGCUCAGUCUUUUCAGACAGUCUCAGCACUAGUUACAAUACCCAGCAGGGGCUUGCUAAAAACAGUACUCAAAACAGAGACUCUUAAACCAAAGCACCCGAGGUAAGUGGUUCCCAGAACGUCUGUGCCGAUCCCUGCCCGCUCCCCUGCCUGGCAUGCUCUGAUCUCUGUGCUUUGCAGUCUCCACAGCACCGGUCUCUCUGUGCCAUAACACCUUUAUUUUAAUAGAUGUGCACACUGGCCAAAUAAUCUAGUGUCUUGAUUGACUGCCGAUUAUUUCCUGAUCUAGCCAGACAGCAUGGGCUUAUCUCUGAGCACGGAUCCGCGCUGGGCCGUGCCCCCUCUCCCCCGUGUUCUGCAGUGCUUGCUGUGGCUUUUCCCUCCCGCUCACACCUUUGCUGCCAGACAAUCAUUCCCUUUGUGUAGACGGACUGACCUGGUGCUGCCCCGCUUGCCUUUCCUUGCCGCAGUCUGUAUGCUCUUUAAGUGAAUGUGGUUUUAUUUUUUUUCAGUAGGGACAAGGACUUCCUUCUGCUGAAGGAGUUAUAUUUGCACAUGGCUCAGGGAGGUUAACUCCUCUGGCCGCUUCUGUUACCUCACUCAUUUAGGCCAAUUCCAUUGCUAAUGUUAAAUGGCCACCUUCCCCUACCCAAACUCCAAGAAUAGUUAGGGAAUAAAACCAACGUGCAGCUCAGGUUCCAGAGCCAUUUGGUGGUGUCUCAGUUUUGGCCCAAACUGCCCCGGCGGCACUGGGAUUUGGGAGAGCGGCUGUUACCUGUGCCACACGCGCGGUGUUCCCGUUUUCGCAAGCCCACCACCCUUGCAAUAGCCCUUAGCAGAUUCCGAAGCACUAACCUGGCUCCUGGACGAGCUCAGCGGGGAGGGAGGAGCAGCAGAUCCGUUCACGUCACGACGUGGCUGUGGCACCUCGGGGACGUUUCCAUCCUCACGCCGUUCAUCUCCCGUCACGUGGCUCCAGGGCUGGAUAAAGCUGCUAAAAACCUGGAGCGUCUUCUCCCCACCCGAGGCCCUGGAGCCUCCAACCCCAGCUGCUGUGCGUAACUGCAGAUUAACGCGGAUCUCCUCACGUCGGCGAGAAACGGGAGUGGGUUGUACAAUCACCCGCAGGCGAGCGCCUCCCUUCGGGCCGUCACCCCGAGCCCGGGCGGCCGGGGCUGCUGGCCAAGGCGCGAACGUGAACUCUGGGACAAUGGGGAGGGGGAGGAACUGUGCUUUUGUUUUAGGAGUUGUCUAACUGUCAUCAACUUUGCGCUGUGCGCAAAAUGUGAUUAAAUGAUAAUGAGACUUACCUGCUAGAACCUAGGAAUUGUAAAGGCUAUGCAGCCGAAACGUAAUGUAAAGUAGCUAGUACAAUGGAAGUACGGUAUAAAUUAAAAAAAGAAAAUCUAUCAAACAGA